AUGACGUCUUUGUAUGCGACGCGACGCGACGCGCAGUUGGCUGGCAGAGUUGCAGACAGUAAGAAGAUGGUGCGCCGCACAUUUAGCGAUCGAGAGGAAAAACUGCUUAUAACUAGAAUGGUAAAGAAGGGGUAUGACCGUACCCGGCGGCAUGACUCAAAAAAAGAAAUAGUUCGCAGCAUACAACAAAUGCUGAGAGAAAAAUUCGCCCGCGAGCACUCUGAAAGUGCAAUAGUAAAGAGGUGGUCGGACCUAAAAAGGCGAGACCCAGAAUUCGUCAGAGAAAUAUCUGAAAGAGUCUGCCCCGGCCAGCCUGUUCCAACAGUGCGCUCAACACCUGCGCACCGGGAUAUCCACGUGGUGGAGGUCUCUGAGGAGGAGGAAGAGGAGGCAGGCCCCCCCACCGCGAUGGAGACGAGCGACACUGCUCCCCCAGAUGUCGCCGAACAUGUGGAGGUGGAGGAGGAAGGCGGUCCCUCUCAACCCCACACCUCACCGGCUGCCGCAAUACCUCCGGCCGAGGUGACCGAGGAGGAGGAGGAGCAAGAGGUGGCCGCACAGACAGAGGAGGAGGAGGAGCUUGUGACCACCCCACAGCAGGAGGACUCCAGCUUCAUGUCCAAGAGCCUAUGGCACCUCAACGAGCUCCAGGGGAUGAAAGAGAAGAAGAUCUGA